AUGUUUCAUUUAAUGCAUAAAUGGCCUAUUUUGUUUUGGAACAUUUUUAGUGUAAUUUCUAUCGAUUUAAGUUACAAUAAAUGGCAAAUCGUUUUUUCUACGUUAUUAAUAAUAACAUCUGUUUAUAAUUUCUAUAAUACACCUAAUGUUGUAUGUGCAAUGGAAGGGAAAUGCGAUGGUUCUUUAUCUACUGUAAUAAAGGGACUGUUUAUAAGGGUGGUAGCAAGUACUUGUGUGAUAUCAAGACUAGUUAUAUUUCUUAAAGGUAAUAAUAUGUUGAUACAGUAUAAGAAAAAUAUAGAAAAGUUUCAUUUGUUCAAACCAAUGACUAAAUUUGAAACGGAAGUAUUGAAAAAAGUGUCAUUUCGAAUUGUAAUAUUAUGUUUAUUUUUCACUGUACCUGUAAAUUCUUAUAGACUGUGGAAGAUGUUUAUGAUGUUAUACAGAUUAGAUUUUACUAUAUUUGUUUUUGUUUUUAUGUAUAUUCAAAACAUGAGUAUGUAUUGCGUAGAAACUCAUUUUACCUUCUUGUGUUUUAUUCUCUAUCAAAAAUUUGUCGGGAUCAACAAAGACUUAAUGGCUCUUAAAAUCGAUACUAUCGUACGAAACAAAUAUCCAUUCCUGAUGCGGGUAAGAGAAAAGUAUGGAAAAAACUUAAAUACCGUUGAUUACAACAGAGAUGUUCUACAAACGCUAACCGCCGGUCAUUCGAUGGCAAAUUUUGUUGAGCAAUUAAAAAUUAAACACAGAGUAGCUCGCGAAGCAGUGAAAAACUUAAACGAUUUGUUUGGUGUUCAAUUGGGAUUGUCAAUGUGUUCAUUAUGUUUGUUCUCUAUGUUUGAUUUGUAUUAUCAUAUCCGAGGGAUAAUGAAUCCAACUAAGUCUAAUAUACUGAUAUAUGGUUGGAUUUUACAAUACUCCGUUCGAUUUGGAUCUGUUACAAUUUUAGCACACCUAACAUCGAAACAGGCACUAAAAUCUAAGGUACUCUUAACGGAUAUAAGUAAUCGUUAUUUAGACAAGAAUACAAAAGAAGAGAUACAAUUGUUCCUUAAUCAAAUAUGCAGUUGUGCGAUUGAAUUUACUGCUUGCGAUUUCUUCACUUUAAAUACUCAUCUAAUAACAUCUGCAAUUGCUGCUGCUACGACAUAUCUCGUAAUAUUAUUACAAUUCAAUUAG